AUGCCGUACAAUACCCGUCGCAAGUCGCUCUCCCUCCCAUCGCUAGGCAUCCACCUCCCCAACUCGUCACGUCGUGCUUCCUCCGUUUCAAAAGGCGCUUCUGAAGACCACCCGGCCAAGAAAGUCAAGCGGUCGCAUACUUCAUUAUCGCCCGAGCCAUCUACGGAAAAGGGAUCUAUUGUGCGCGCGGGUCGGCACGGAGCCUUCGAACAUACACCACCCCCCUCGCCGUUAAAUGGUGAUAUUGCGCCAAAGAUUGACACGGAAGGCAUCAACGAUGAUAUUGUGGUCGCCGUGAUCGAUCAGCUGGAGAAGACUGGGAAUCGCCCCCAUCUUGUUAAGGAGCUGGCUGCCGUUCUAGUGUCGCUGAAUGCGACUGUCGCCAAUUCCGCGAAUCCCGCUGCGCUUCUGUCUUCCCGACUAGCAGCGUACAUGAAGCGUCCUUGGACCGCCCUCGCGCCGUGUCCUAUGGCCAAAGAACUUAUUUUAAUCCACCCACGCAAAGUGUAUUACUAUUUGACGACCUUCCCUCGUCAACCUAUCCCGGAAAAUGACGACUUGACAGUCGGCAUUGACGGCAAGCACAUUACUCCUAGCGUCUCAAGUCUGGAUCAAGACGACGAAGAUUUAAUUUCGCGGCAGCGCAGCCCCAGCCCUGAGGUGGAUCUGUCAUCCCCCGACUUUGAAGAGGAGGAGGAUGUCGACUUGCACAAUUCCGCCAACCGGGGUUCUGCUUCAGACCAAUUCCCCGACCCCUCUAGUCACACACGCCUGAUGCACUCGAACCGUGCGGCCUCCCCGCCCCUGGAGGGCGACGAGAAGGAAUUCACUCAGACCGCCAGUGCUGUGCGUGAGCGUGCAUCGGAGGAAAAGGCCAGCCGGGAUCAGUCGGAACGGGGUCUCUCCGUUCUUUCCGAAGGUCUCAGUUCCAUGGAUGAAGAUAUGAGCAUCGAUUCUCCUAUAAAUGGAGGCUCGAUGUCUCCCUCCAUCCACGGUGAAGAGGAGUUUAAUGAUUAUUUCUCACACAUGAACGCUGCCGAUAACGGGGCUCAAGAUCUGGAUGAGGCCGCUGCCGCCACUCUUUUCGGCACCUCGCCUUCGCCUUCUCUUACCUCGAUCGCAUCGUCCGUCUCGUCUGGAACGAGUAUCGUUGAUGACUGCGAGGAAAGGGCUGGCCCUCUUCCAGCUGCUCCUCAGAUCAGCCUUCCCACCGAUCCGGAUGCCGCGCCCGUCUCAACUCUCAAGCGAUCGCUUGACAUGUUGAACAGCGGUUUCCCCGAUGUGGAUUUGAAGAUGUCUGAUCUGACUGAAUCGCACGAGAAGCUCAGCCUUGGUCCCCGCGCCUUUUCCAAAAUGGAGACCGAGACUGUGUUCGCUUCCGAUUCUUGGAGAGAGUUGCAGAACCCGGAGACCGUCGAGGUUGACGAGCUUGAUGAAAUGUUUGGCGAAAUCUAA